UGCAGAAGAAAUUUCAUAGAAUCCUAGUAUAUUUUGUUCUUAAGAAACCAGCCUUGUGAAAAACGGAGGUGAUCAUGGCGGCAAAGGAGGAGGAGCAAAAGUUUCCACCGCAAAAGCAGGAGGAACAGCCGGGGAAACAGCAUAUUAUGGACCCAAUUCCAAAAGCUCUAAAUCCUGACUACAGACCAGCCAAUAAGCUCCAUGGAAAGGUGGCUCUGGUGACUGGAGGUGAUUCUGGGAUUGGAAGGGCUAUUUGCUAUUGCUUUGCCCUAGAGGGUGCAACUGUAGCCUUCACAUAUGUAAAAGGUGAAGAAGAAAAGGAUGCACACGACACUUUAAAGAAGAUUCAAGAACUGAAAGGACCUGAUGCAAAAGACCCUAUUGCUUUGCCUGCUGAUAUAGGGUUUGAUGAAAACUGCAAAAUGGUAGUGGAUGAAGUUGUGAACAACUAUGGAGGUCUUGAUAUUCUGGUUAACAAUGCAGCUGAACAACAUUUGAGCAACAAUAUUGAAGAGAUCACUGAGGACCGGCUCUCGAGUAUUUUCAGAACGAAUAUAUUCUCACACUUUUUCAUGGUUAGGCAUGCUCUUAAGCAUAUGAAAGAAGGAAGCAGCAUAAUCAACUCUACAUCAGUGGAAGCUUAUUGUGGAUCUCCAAUGGUGCUCGACUACGGUUCAACUAACGGAGCAAUUUUGGCCUUUACCAGAGCUCUAGCCCUCCAUUUGGCGAACAAGGGAAUUCGGGUAAAUGCCGUGGCCGCAGGUCCGGUAUGGACCCCGUUGCAGGUUGCGUCUCUGCCCGAAGAAUUGAUCGCAAAACUCGGUUCUGAGACACCGAUGGGCAGGGCAGCACAACCUUAUGAGAUCGCGUCAUCAUAUGUUUUCCUAGCGUCGCCCGAAUCUUCCUACUACACUGGCCAAGUUCUCCACCCUAAUGGUAUGUAUUGUUGA